CAUUCGUUUCUCUCACUGUGAAUUAUUAUGCUAACUCCAUCAUAGCCUCCAUUGUAAAAAUGCAUUUUCCCGUUGAAGGCACUCGGAAGACAUUGCUUUUCUUUACGGUUCUGAUAUCAUGGACCGUUGGCUUCGGCGAAGCGGCUGGGGACAAAGUUCUUAAUCUAAGAAUAGGAUUUGAUUUGACGCAAGGUACAAAUGGGGCCCCAGCACUUCGAAUACGUGAUUUUGAAGAUUCAGAUAGAUCAGAAUAUGAAAGGCACCCGAGAGCAGAAGAAAAGGAAGAAGAAAAAGCCAGUCCAGCAAUAAGAGCCGACUCCUUCAGCGACGAAGUAGCCGAACAGGAGUCCAGCAGGGAAGAAAACGCCAAGUCCAGUGAUGUGUCUGAAGAGGAAAGAGGCAACAGCAGGCACAGAAGUACGAAAGGAUUACAGCCUGGAGAGUUCGAGCCAGAAGACAAUCCAAAAGUCCAUGGAAGAUAUCAAGAUGAUGAUGAAGAAUCGGAUGAAGAAGCGAGACGUCAUCAUCGCAAUAAAAGAGAAAUCGACUAUGAAGCGGAAAAACGAAAAAGUAAGAAAUUCCGCAGCGCUAGAAAACAAGGGGUAACCAGAGCGUAACGGAGGAUUUCAAAUUCAAUACUGAAUUCUGAAAUAUAAAAUUAGAAAAUGUUU